AGGAGACCGAGGGAGGUGAACCCAGACGAAAUCAUCUGCAAUCUUCUAUACCUUCCCUCGCAGGUCUUCGAAUCCGAGAAAAACCCCAUAUUCUCUCCCUCCCUCUCUCUCCCUCUCUCUCUCUCUCUCUUCCCGUCACCAAAAAAAGAUUCUGUUGAAUCACUAGGUCAAUGCAAUGGAUAUGUCAGAUGCUGUAAUUGUGAAGUCAACCAGAUUAAAAUCUGUUGUCUGGAAUGACUUUGAUAGGAUUAAGAAAGGCGAUACAUGUAUUGCUGUUUGUAGACAUUGUAAAAAGAAACUCAGUGGGUCAAGUACUAGUGGGACAUCACAUUUGAGGAAUCAUUUGAUAAGGUGUCAGAGAAGAGCCAACUUACCUCCUCUUUAUACAACAAGAGAAAAGAAAAAGGAUGGAGCUCUUACUAUUGCAAGUUUCGAUCAAGAACAGCAGAAGGAUGAAGCUAUUAACCUCGUGAAUAUUAGGUUUGAGCAAGAGCAAACAAAAGAUGACAUCGGUAACUAUGGGAGUAGUAACUUUAAUCAAACAAGAAGUAGAUUUGAUCUUGCUCGAAUGAUAGUUUUACAUGGUUAUCCAUUGGCUAUGGUUGAGCAGGUUGGAUUCAGAGUAUUUGUCAAAAAUCUACAGCCAUUCUUUGAGCUUGUGUCUUCUGAAGUAGUGGAGGCUGAUUGUCUGGAGAUCUAUGCCAAAGAGAAGCAGAAGGUGAGUGAAGUCUUGGAUAAGUUGCCUGGUAAAAUCAGCCUUGCUGCUGAUAUGUGGGCUUCCUUGGAUGGUUCUGAGUUUUUGUGUUUGACUGCACACUACAUUGAUGAAUCUUGGCAGUUGAAUAAGAAGAUUUUGAGUUUCAUCAUGGUUGACUCUUCUCAUACAGAAGACAUGCUUUCAGAGACUAUCAUAAGAUCUCUUAUGGAUUGGGAUAUCGAUCGGAAGUUGUUCUCCAUGACAUUUGAUAGCUUUUCCACCAAUGACAAUAUAGCCUUGAAAGUCAGAGACAGGCAGUGCCAAAAUAAGUUCCUUUAUUGCAAUGGCCAAUUAUUUGAUGUACGCUGUGCAGUAAAUGUUAUCAAUAUGAUGGUUCAGGAUUCUCUUGAAGCUCUAGGUGAGAUGACAUCUAAGCUUCGAGGAAGUGUACGGUAUGUCAGAAGUUCGCAAGUAAUUCAAUCAAAAUUUGAUGAGUUAGCUCGUGAAGUUGGAAUCCAGGGUGAGAGGUGCAUAUGUCUAGACAAUCCAUUACAAUGGAACUCCACAUAUGCUAUGGUUGAAAUUGUGUUGGAGCACCGAGCUGUAUUUGCUAUGUUGCAAGAGAAUGACCCUGUCUACACAAUGUGCCCAUCUGAUACUGAAUGGGAUAGAGCCACUGUCAUCACGAGCUAUUUGAAGCACUUUCUUGAGGUUACUAAUGCUUUUACAAGAUUCAAGUCUCCAACUGCAAAUCUUUAUUUUCAUGAGCUCUGUGGUGUAUACGUGCACUUGAAUGAGUGGUGCAAGAAUCCAGAUGAUUAUAUAAGUUCUUUAGCCUUUAAGAUGAGGAGCAAAUUUGAAGAAUAUUGGCAGAGAUGCAGCUUGGGAUUAGCAGUUGCGGCUGUAUUAGAUCCACAGUUUAAGAUGAAAUUGGUUGAGUAUUAUUAUGCGCAAAUUUUUGGAACUGGUGCCCCGGCUCGGAUUGCUGAUGUUUAUGAGUGCGUCAAACAGCUCUAUGACGAACAUUCCAUCAGCUUAGCUUCCUUGGAUCAAGGGUUGGCUUGGCAAGUAGGUGGUGGUUCUCGCUUGCCCAGUUUUGGAAGGGACUCAAGGGAUAGGCUGACUGGCUUUGAUACUUACCUGCAGGAAACUACUCAAAGUGAUGGCUCGAAGUCAGAUUUGGACAAGUACUUGGAGGAACCUCAUUUUCCUCGUAAUGCCCCUGGAUUUAACGUGUUAAAUUGGUGGAAAGUUCACACUCCUAGAUAUCCUAUUUUAUCUAUGGUGGCGCGCAACGUGUUGGGAAUGCCUAUGUCGAAAGCUUCAUUGGAUUCAGCAUUCAACACCAGUGGAAGAGUGCUUGAUCGUGAUUGGGGUUCACAGAAACCUGCUACUAUCCAAGCAUUGAUGUGCGCACAAGACUGGAUACGAAGUGAACUGGAAAGCUAAUUUAGUUCAGUUUUAGUUCUUUGUUUAUUUCGAUUGUAGAUCAUAUUAUUUAUCUUCUUUAAUUUCCAGAUACUCCCGAUGCAGGUGAAAAUUCUGAAGCCAAUUUUAUUGUCUUCAUUGCAUUUUUGAUUGUAUUGUGAGAAUGUAGUAGGAUAUGUAACAUGGCGAUGAAGUGUUGCCAAGUUUUGGCCCAAUGGCUAAAGGAGAAGUAGAAGCUGGUGAUUCAAAGUUGGUAAUUGUAUGCUAAUUUCUUUUCCGGGUUUGAUCUUAUUGUACAGA